GUUAAGACAUUCUGUCAAAGGCUUUGUUGAAAUCAAGAUAUAUCUGUAGUAUUCCCACAAUCAAGAAAGCUAUUCAAUCAAAGAUAAGGUAAGAUUUAAUCUGGGAAUCUUACUUUUGAAGGCUGGGAUAUUUUCCUCCAAUUGCCUUUAAUGUCAUUUUAAAGACAUUAUAUAGUGAUUAAAACUGAUGCAAUUCUGAUCCCAGAUAAUUACAUUCAUUAAGGUAAACAAGUAUUUUCUGAUCAUGUUUCUGUCAGUUGCAAACUCAGUUCUGGCCUUAUCACAAUUUUAUGAUGAAAGAGUUUUUGGUGGAAGUCUGAUUAGCUUUUGUCAUUUCUUUCUAAUCUGUUAAAACAAUUUGCUUUUAUUGGUAUGACAAUGUGUUAUUUUUAGCAUCCUUUACUAAUGCACAUCCUGAUAAUUUUUACUGUAUUUACAUAAGCUGUGCAGUUCUAUAUUACCUGUCUAUAUAUUGUGACUUGGCAUCCUUGCAUUUUCUGACAUGUCCUUUUAAAAAAAAAUCUGGCUUCUUCAACAGUCUACUACCAGCACCAACCACCCAUUUUACUUUUUGCAACUGUAUUUUAAUAAAAUCUCCAUUAGAAAUGUUCCUCCACCUUCAGCUUCCUUUUCUGUUACCUGAUUCAUGUGGAAUCUAAUAAAUACUUGGAGUAGCUACAAAUCCAGUUCUUAACAUUCCAAGAUGUAUGCUUAAUUUUGGAUUCUUUUCAAAUCAAGAACUCCAGCAUUAACAGAGUGACUCUUCCAUAAUAUUCCUGCUCUUUCCAACACCUUUCAAAGGAGAAAACUGUCAAGGAAGGCAUGGCAAAUUCUUCCUGGAAGGAUCAUGUUUUGCACAAUUUCUCUCAACAGAUUUAAGGGCAGAGUUUCUUAUCACGGGGGCUUCAUUCUGCUUAGAAAGAUCUACAGUUCGCGUUUAUUUUCUGAUGGGUUGGAUGGACAAUGGUAUCUUACAAUGGCAGAAAAUGUUGCAAAUGACUGUUCUAAACAAAAUGUGAUGGAAAGCAGGUUAGGACGCUUGCAUGCCAAACACCUGAGGGGAAAAAAAAUUCCCAUUUUAAUAACGUUCCAUUUUCUUUCCUCACCAUUAUCUGGAAGGAAUCUUUACUUGAAAUUUACUUAUGAAACACUAAUGUUCCAGGCUAUUUGCCAUUUUAUUGCAGAAGCACCACUUAAGAAUAUAUACAUCAAAUGAAGGUGUAGGAGACAACACUGUUACUUAUGGUCAGAAUAAACCUUACGCAAUAUUUUUAACCUUAAGGGAUUUUUUUCAAAGAUGUGGCAUAUAAACAGUUCUAUACUCACUGGAAUACUGCUCAAGGGAUUUGGGGGCAUUUCGUAAAAUGUGAAUGCAAAUUACGGGCAGCAUUCAAAUUAUGAGAAUCCGUCGUCAGACUUAACCAUUCAACUGUGUGAAAUUCGUGCAGCGAUGGAGUUAAAUAAGCAACACAAAAGUCUGUGUCGGUUGCCGUCCUUACUAUUCCUAGAAUAAAACCGCCAGGGUCUUUGAAAAUUAAAAUAACACACAACUCGGGCAACCCCCCGCCCUCCCACCAUGCAUAAUAACACAGCAAAGAUCCCAACCCGAGAAGAGCACUUGGAGAGCCAUCUAGCCUGACGGAAGAAUUGGCAAAGCUAGUUCGCGAUUUUGAAGCUUGUCGGUGGGUCGUUCCGGAGAGGCUGCCGUGUUUCACUUUCUGCAGCCGGUGAUCCGAUGAACGCGGACGGAGGCAAGAAAUCUUCCCCGAGCAAGUCCGUCGCGCUCCUGUUAUGAAACGCUCGGAGAAGCGACGCCUUCUCGGUAGGGCGACUAGGCUGUGACUAGGCCGCGCGGGAUAUUCCGAGCCCUGGUUCGCUCUUCUCGCGACGAGGCCAGCCUGGACACAAUCGGAGCGCCCUCGGAAGCACCGCCCUGCCCAGGCUUGACGGCGGCCGCUCCUCCUCCUCCUUUCAGGAGGCUCAGCAGGGCCGGGCGUAUCAGUCGCCGCCGCCGCCACCUCUUCUCUCCUCGGUGGGAGCUGCGCGCCCCAACACGUGGAAGGAAGCGCCAAUCUCUCCGGCCACACACCAGCGGCCUUCGUUGGUUGCGUGAGCCCUAUUAGUCCGGCCUCUCCACGUGGCCCCAAAGUGCCGCGUAAAGAAAGAAGGGGGAGCUUUGCUGCAUCAUCAGCUCCCCGGUCUCCAAUCUCCGGGCCGGCCUUCCGACGCCGAUUUCUUUAACCCUCGCCUAGUUACAGGUCCAACUCUACCAACUGUUACCUCUCUUUCUCUCCGCCUCCAACUCUUCCAUUUUACGCCAAAUAAAAGGGAGGGGGUGGCGGUAGAGGAGGAGGAGGAUUUUUGCCAAUGCAAUCUAAUUAAUAGCUUAACCGGGAGGAGGAGGAGGAGGGAACAACCCAAGUGAAUUAGGCACCGUGUGCGCGCAUGCUCUUCCGACCGACUGCACGUGUAAGAAGCGCAUUUGGUAAAGGAGGGGGCGAUGGAGCGGCAGGAUCAGAAGGAAGGAGGAAUCUAGCCGGCUGAUUUAAAAGAGGAGGCUUCUUUUCUACAUUCCCCCACCCACCCCCUUCCCCACGAUUUUGGGAGACGACGUGGGGGGAAAGGGAGAAAGGAAGCGGAUUCUAGAGGACGGGAUCUCCUCUGGAUCGCGAGCCAGCAGUCUUGUUCUUUGACUUUCGAUCACCCUGCCAAAAGAAUUAUACGGUUCUUCCUUCAGAACUCAUGAACAUCCAGAGCAGUGGCGAAAGAAAGCAGUAAUUGCCCAACAAGGUCCCUUCUCUCUGCCUGUCUUCAAGCAGAAGGUGGUUCAGUCAAUAUGUGAUAAAAUUCUGUCACAGACACCCAUGCUGGAAAAGACACUGCCUGAAUUAUCCCAGAGCACCAUAAUGACGGAGGAAGCUUGCAGGACACGAAGUCAGAAGCGAGCACUUGAACGGGAAAUCACCCAAAACGACGUGGACUGUAAAAAAAUGAAAAUGGACAAGGGGCUUUUGGGGGGCCCUGAGGCCAACUCCGAAGGGGGGGACCUUAAGCUAAAGACUGACUCUGGAUCUAGUAAAGUCCAAGGAUUAUUGAAAGGAGGGGAGAUGAAAGCAACCAUCAGAGUGGAAGUUCAGACGGGAGAUGAGCCGGUGGAUAUGAGCACCUCAAAAAGUGAGGCAAAGCGGGAGAGGAGAGUCCCUUCUCCUGAUGUAAUAGUACUAUCGGACAACGAGCCGUCAAGCCCAAGAAUGAAUGGCUUAACCAAAAUAGCAUUAAAAGAGACCAGCGCAGAAGUGCUAAUGAAAAGCAGCCCAGAGGAACGGGAACGAAUGAUUAAACAGCUGAAGGAAGAACUGCGGUUAGAAGAAGCCAAACUUGUCUUACUGAAAAAAUUACGACAAAGUCAGAUACAAAAGGAAACCACAGCCCAAAAGCCUCCUGGUUCUUCAGGUAGUGCCGUAGCAACACCUCCCCCAUUGGUGCGGGGAACACAGAGCAUGGCAUCCAGCAAGUCGGCCCUUCUACAGAACACUUCUUCACGUAUUCCUGGGCCUGUUAUUCCUCCUCCUUUGAUUCGAGGUGGGCAGCAGACAUCUUCAAAGCUGGGCUCUCAACAGAACACGCAAAUAGUCAUGCCACCGCUAGUCCGAGGAGCACAGCAAAUCCACAACAUCCGCCCGCACUCCAGCUCAGGGCCUCCUCCACUGCUCCUUGCUCCACGGGCUUCCGUUCCUAGCGUGCAGAUCCAGGGCCAGCGGAUCAUACAGCAGGGCCUCAUCCGCGUUGCCAAUGUCCCGAAUACGAGCCUUUUGGUCAACAUCCCGCAGGCCUCCCCAACUUCAUUGAAAGGUGCAGCUGGGACAUCUGCCCAGGUGAACGCUUCGACCGCCAGCAGCGUGGCUUCCAUCGUCAACUCGAACGACUCCCCUGCCAGCCGGCAAGCAGCUGCUAAGUUGGCCUUGCGGAAACAGCUGGAGAAAACCCUGCUGGAAAUUCCUCCGCCGAAACCUCCGGCUCCUGAAAUGAACUUCCUGCCCAGUGCAGCUAAUAAUGAGUUCAUCUACCUGGUUGGGUUGGAGGAAGUGGUGCAGAACCUACUAGAAGCUCAAGGUAAAGUCUCCGUCAGCCCCUCCUCGCAGGAGCCCUACACCUGCGUCCAGUGCAAGACGGACUUCACCUGCCGCUGGAGGGAGGAGAAGAGCGGCUCCAUCAUGUGCGAGACGUGCAUGUCCUCCAAUCAGAAGAAGGCGCUGAAAGCCGAGCACACGAGUCGGCUGAAGGCUGCCUUUGUGAAGGCCUUGCAACAGGAGCAGGAGAUCGAGCAGCGGAUAUUGCAACAGGCCGCCUCUCCGAUUCAGAGCAAGCCAGAACAGAUAGCUCAGCAACAUCACUCACUCAAGCAGGCCUCUAGCCAGCUGCCCCGAAGUGCCAGCACCCCUCGUGGAGUCUUGCAUGCAUUUAGCCAGUCGCCCAAGUUGCAGAACGCCUCCGGUGUGGCCGUGCUUGGUGGCAGGCAAGGUAAGCGUGCUCAGAGACCCAUCGGCAAAGGAGGUGCUUACACUUGGAAGAAGACACCCGUCAAUGCAGGUAGAUGACUUGCUCUUGAGACUUCUUGUCUUUAU